AUGCCAGCCCCGAGUCUCCGACACCUCUGCACCGCAACCGCGAUUCGGAACGUGAAGUAUCUUAACGAUAUCGGCAAUAUCCCCUAUGAGCUCGCCCGCCCGUUCCUUUUGAAGAUUGAAAGCCCCGAAAAACUGAGGUCCUUAGAACUGCAGUCGCCCCAUCUCAUGAAAGAUGAUGUUGAGCUAUGGCUCGAAUUUAUCAAACGAGAUAUACCGAGGUCGGACGAGAUAGAAUUACCAGAGCAGCCGGACUGCUGGUACGACGUAUACUGCGACCUACGAGAGCAAGUACAAAGGGCCGUGGAUGAAGAUGCGGAGAAACUGAAAAUGGCCCUCGAUGGAAUCAGCUCGGAGCGUGCGAAACACAGCGCUAUACUCGUUGACCGACGAUCCCUUCACCUUCCCCGGGAACGCCCGACCGCGAAGCAGCGGUAUGCUUCAUUCGAUCGAAAAAUGGGCGGCAUCGCACCGGUUUUCUCUUCAAAGAAUCGGUCGGGCUCUUCAUCUGACCCCCAGGGUACUCCUAUCUGGUCUUUUGGGCGGCCGUCGGCGCCUCGGGAGACAAAAAAGAAGAACAUCUUCACCGCGACGAAGCGAAAUCCCGCUCUAGCUGUCCCCACGAAGCAACUCAACAAUCGGGCCACGCAGGUCCGGCAAGCCCCACGCUCGCUGAUAGAGGAGCAUCGCCGGCCUCCUGAGUCUGCCAUUCCUCAGAGACCAACCCUGCGAGUACCUGGGCGGUCGGGCUCGCAAGCUGCCGGAAGGAGUCAUAGCAGCCCUGUGGUGGUCAAUUCAUCCUUACAAGAAAGGGAGGCUAGACUACGAGCGUUAAAAUCUGGCCGCACCACGGCUUCUGCUUCGCCGUCUCGCACGCAUCCUCGCCCUCUACCGCAGGUGUCUUCCUCGGCAAGAUCGGGCUUGAGCUCCUCGUCUUCAUCUGCCAGACCCUCCCCUGGCUCCCUAGCAACAACUGCGAGGUCCCAACCUCGAACAGCGCAGGCCGCUGCUGAAGACUUUAGAUCCUCGGAGUCCGCAUCAAACACGGGUCUAGAAGCGUCGAGAGCGUCACCACCACGUGCAAUGGUUCGAAAACGACCUGCUCCCAAUGUUUUCAUCCAACCAAAGAAGAAAAAGGUCCUUCAAAGACCAAGUUUGCUUGCGUCCUCGUGGUUGAUGCUGAGUGCGUGA